AUUUAAUUUUGAGUUUUUGUUUGCAAAAAGUGUAAUAAUGUCCGAUAUUGACGAGAUUCAAGAGCUUCAAGAACCAUCUCAACCAAAAACUCAACCUUAUUCCGAAAAAUUUAAACUUUUCAUGACAAAUCAUUGGAAAAAUAUAUUGAUUGGAGGAUUAGCUGAAAUCAUAAUAAUCGUUUUUGCUUUUAUGUUGACCUUUAUUUUGGCGAAACAACCAGCAUGUGAAACAGGUAUAGUAACGACUUCUAUAUUCCACACUAGUACUCUACCCAGCACAUUGACAUAUGCCUCUUCUUCUUAUUCUACAAAACCUGACAAGAGUUCUAUUGCAACAAGUACUACCUUAAAACCGAAAACUUUGCCUGUUACGACAACAUCAAAUUCACUCUCAACACAUACAAAACUUGACACAACAUCAAUUUCCGCAACUUUCGCUACUAUGCCCACCCCGGUUUCGGGAAAUCUCACUUGCGCUUCUGGUUUUACUUACGUCGGCAACAAGUGCUGGAAGUUGGUCACUGUUCAGAAGAAUAGAGCAGAUGCCGACCAGGCUUGCUUCAGUCUAGGUGGAUCCACACUUUUCUCGAUCAGAAACGACCAGGAUAAUCAAGCUGUGCUGGAAUUUUUGAAAGAUCAGCACGUUGAGAACCUUUGGACCGGAUUAAACUGCGUCGGGAUAAACCCGUUUACGUGUACCUGGGAUGUCAAAAGCGGAACCACCUCCGCCUACAAUAACUUUGCCGAUGGUUAUCCGAAUAACAUGGCUGGAGGUUGCAUUUAUUACAAGACUACUGGAACGCAAGCCGGGCAAUGGUCAAGUGGAUCGUGUAAUGAGAUUAUGAGUUUUGUGUGCGAGCUACCAGCAACCAUUUACGAUAGCACCUGCAAAUACAACUACAACAACUAUUGUUACACCCCAUACGAUCAGCUGCAAAUCUCCAGCGAUGCGCAGAGCAUCUGCGCAUCAUCGGGUUCCAAUUUGGCCACAAUUCAUUCUGCAAAUGAAAACCGCUUUUUCAUGGGCAUCUUUCCUUCGUUUUCAAUGAUUGCACUUGGCGGAGUUGCUUUGUCAGGCGACAAGGUCAUAUGGUAUGAUGGAACACCUUCAACUUACACAAAUAUAAGAACGCUUACACGAGGGAACUGUAUUCUGCUCUCAAAUGAUGUCGGACGCUGGGAUGGUUACAAAUGCAUGAUUGACAGAGCAAAGUUCAUUUGCAAACGAAGAAUUAUAGGAAAAUAAUUAAUAUAUUUGUUCAAUAAAUGUUUCACACAAUACCCUAUCAUCUUGAAAAAAGUAGAUAAAUUUU